AUGACAACUCCUGUUAUAUCAGAACAAGAUAAGACUGAAAUUGCUGAAAAUAUUGAUAUCAGAUUAGAAAAUGAUAUCAAUGCAAAAUGUUGUGGGAAUUGCGAAGAGGAAAUUGAAGAAGGUGAGGUAAUUUUUUCCAAAUUACAGAUUGAUUAUAGCACACCAUUGUAUAAUUCGUCAAAGAUUCCAAAGAUUCAUUUCGUAGUACCAACAUCUCAAUCCGACUGGCAACAUGACGCCUGUCUAGAAAAGGAAAAUUCUGUACAAGCUACUAUUAGUUUAUGGUGUAAUGAAAAUUUAGAAAAUUUCACUGACAUUGGUGAAGGUGAAUCUUUUAAUUGUAAUGUCACUUCAUUACCAAAAAAUAUAUUAGAUAUCGAGGUAAUGAGAGAUACGAAAAACAAUGUCCUAAUUUUACCUCAUUUCCUGUGGAUUAAUGAUUUAAAAAGUGAAAACGUAAAAGCAACAUUAGAUGAUUUAGUUCCUUCAUUAUUAGAAAAAAAAAUUGAUAGAGAUACUUUAUUGAAGGAAAAACCAUACCUCUCUGGAGCCAGAGAACGUGCAUUUGUAUUUAUUUGUUCUCAUAAAACCAGAGAUAAAAGAUGUGGUGUUACAGCUCCUGUUAUAAAAAGAGCAUUUGACAAAGAACUUCAAGCUCAUGGACUCUACAGAGAUAAUUCCGAUUUUAGAGCAGAUGGUGUUAACGUGUCAUUUACAAACCAUGUAGGUGGUCACAAAUUCGCCGCAAAUGUUUUAAUAUAUAUCAAGAAUUCCAAUACAUUAGUUUGGCUAGGUAGAGUAACCCCAAAACAUGUACCCUUAAUCGUAGAUUCAUUGUUACUACCAGAAACGCCAGCAUUACCAUGGCCAGAAAUGGUAAGAUGUAUUAAGAAGUAUGAAUCUUGGUGA